GCAUAUCGCAGUUUUGCGUGCCAUUUUGCCCGAGUUUCUUCAAGAGAAACGUUACCUAUCCGCUCGAACAGAGAACUUCCGGCAUGCAUCGAAGGAUCGCAGUGAUUAUCGUUGGUCUCGUGCUCGUCUCGGUGGUUCGUUCAGAUGAAAACUUCAGGUGCUAUAUGUGUACCUCCCUCACGAAUCCAGGAUGCGACACCGACCCACAAGCACACAACAUCGAACCUGUCAAAUGCACUCUAAACAAUAUGAAAGACUGGGAACGAACCGUCCAACAGCACAGAGUUCUGAGCUCGUUAUCGCACAUCUUCGACGUUGAUCAUUCAUGGAAUCAUCAGGCUUACGCACCACUGGCCUGCGCCAAAAUGGUACUCAAAGUGAACAAAACCGAGGUCAUUGUGAGAAGCUGUCAGACAGCGAAGACGGAGACCAUCGAUCCCUGCAAAGCGAUACAAGGGAAGUUCAACAACGAUCUGUCCAGCCUAGAACACUGCGAUCUUUGUAUGCAGGAUGCUUGCAACAGUUCGAUCGGCCUCACGCCCAGAAUCCGUGACGUUUUAUUAUCCGUCCUUGGUACAGUAAUUCUUGCCGCCAUUUACAACGGCGCGUAACCCUUUACGUGCGAAAGUCUUAUUAAAUUGAUUACAAUUGCCGUCGAAGACGCGUUACGAUCGAUCUCAUAGCGCAUUCGAAAACUCGAACACAUUAUACACAUUUGUUCAUCGAUGUUCCAUGUUGUUUCAUGGCCGCACGACGACCGGAAGAACGAACACUAACAGUUUCUCAUUAACCCCUAAUUUGAAGAGAAGAUCUGAUUCUUCCUGUACACCUUACUUCCACAGA